AUGGUUGAUGAUAGUGAGAAUAUGCCUCAUCGGCUUUAUGUUGUUACACUUGAUAAAAGUCUUAUAGAAAUAUUUGAUUUGCAUGAUCAAACAAAAAUUGGUGAAAUCAAUGUUCCUGCGAGACCACAUGAAAUUAUAAUGGAUCCUCACCACAAACAUCUAGCAUAUGUUAGUAUUCCUUAUCGUGAAGGUGUUUAUAAUAAUCAUAUGGGUGACGGACAUGAAAUUGUUACUAUUGAUCUCAAUGAAAAUAAAAUAAAAAGUAUUUAUGAUCUUCGACCUAACCAUUCUAAACCACAUGGAAUGCAAAUUGGACCAAUGACUGGUUAUCUAUAUGUUAGUUGUGAAUCAAAUAAUGGAGAAAUAUUAAGAAUGGAUACACAUAAUGAAUUAGAGAUCAUGUCGUCAAUUCCUACUCAUGCUCAAGGUCCACAUUGGUUUGUAAUUCUUCCAUUAGAAACAAAAGCUUACACAGCAAAUAAAGAAUUACAAUAUAUAUCUGUUCUUGAUUUAAAAUCAAAUAAAUUUCUUUAUGAAAUAUCUGCACCAUUUGGUAGUGAAAAUAUUGUUUGUUCUAAUGAUGGUCAAUUUGUAUAUCUUAGUACACUUUCAACAUCAACAGAUAUGGCAAUUGUUGAUACAGAAACGGAUACAAUUUUAUAUCAUAUUAAUCUUGAUUUUCCUCCAAGUGGUUUUAUAAUAUCACCUAUAAAUCCAUCAUUAAUUUAUAUUCGACAUAUGAAUGUUGGAUAUGAAAAUGGUUUUUAUUCAACAGAUAAUGGAUAUUUACAAGAAUUAAAUCUUGAAACAAAACAACUUGGUAGACGUCUUCGAACAGGUAAAAAUCCAAUAGAUAUUAUUAUAACAAAGAAUGGAAAACAAGCAUAUGUUUCAUGUGGUAUGAGUCAUCGAAUUGAUAUUAUUAAUUUAGAUAGUAUGACUAUUAGUGGACAUAUUGCAACAUCACCUUCACCACAUGGAAUUAUGCUUGUUGAUUAA